AUGAAUCACACCACAAGCAACACCACAUUACUUUCUUGUGGUUUCACAUUUUUUCCUUUGAAUCCCGCAAAGAUUUCUCCCGAUCUUCAUGCUGUAUUUAUCUUCAUAAUCGCCGUCAACGCUCUCACCUGUCCUUUCAUCAUUUUACUGAACAUCCUGGUGAUUGUAACAGUGAAAGCGAAACGACAUCUUCGCAGCAAAUCUAAUAUAGCUCUCGCCUGUUUAGCUACAACUGACCUCGUGGUGGGACUAGUCGUUCAACCUUUGCUUAUCGCCAGCGCAAGUUUACUUGUGAAAGGUGAAGCUAACAUGUUUUGCACUGCAUUCAAGGUAUCCCAACGUGUUACUCAAAAAUGUUGUGUGGCAUCGUUUCAUCAUUUGCUUUUGAUCAAUGCAGAACGCUACAUCGCGAUUAAACAUUCCAUGCAAUACGACAACCUGAUUACCGAAAUUCGUAUCAUAAUAGCCUCUAGUCUGGUGUGGGUCACAACCAUCUUCCUUCCUUUGGAAGACAUGUUAACGACAGAGAAACGUUCCGUGGCGAAGCUAACAGUUCUUUUAACGGUGCCACUGGUUAUCCUUGUCGCAAUGAUCUACUUCAAUGGAGCUGUUUACCAGGAAGUCCGUCGCAACGAGAAACGAAUUGCUGCUAACCAAGUUUCCUUGGAAGCGAAAGCAAAGUUGCUCAAGAACAACAAAGCGUUUUACUUGACAAUCAUCGUACUUCUCGCAGUUUUUCUGUGCUAUAUCCCAGCAAAUAUUUGUUUCGCCAUUUUUCGCUCAGCUAAGGACAGUAUUCCUGCUAAAAUCGGACAUGUCGUUGUUCAUCUUUUGUCUUUAAUGCCGAUACUGAAUUCGUUCAUCAAUCCCUUGAUUUACGUUGUUAGAAUAAGAUACUUUCGCGUCGCUUUCAUUCAGUUGUUGUCUCGAAAAACCAUUGCCCAAGCUGAGGACCUUGAAAGAAAAGUCUUUGGGCCAAGACAAAUUGGAGUCAUGGCUACUGCUGAACAAAGACAAGAGAGUGCUAGCCGACAAGAAGAUCAACAACGAGAAAAUGGGACAUUUAACAAUGAGCCUGAUUCUACAGUACGAACGCAGCGACGAGAGGAAAAUGAAGAAAGAGCUUUGUAG